AAUAAUAGAUAAAUACUUGUGUGUCAGUGAACGGGGAAAAGAAUAGUGUUUUUGUUGGGGUUGUGAAUUGGACGCGGUUACAGUUUCGCCCUUAAACAUUGUUUGUGCAGAAGAAAUAUCGUGUUAAUAUCCGUUUGUUUUAUAGCUGGUCGAUAAAUUGCUGAGAGGAUCAGACAAUUGUCGAUCGAUUUUGAAUGAAUUUUUGAAGAUAACGAAAUGGCAGUUUCCUGCCCGGAAGUGAUGUACGGUGCUUAUUAUCCAUAUUUAUACGGCCGGGCCGGUCCGAGUAGAUCCUUCUAUCAGUAUGAACGGUUCAACCAAGAUUUGUAUUCCUCAUCUGGUGUUCCGUUGGCUUCAUCAAGUGGUUCGGGUAGUUCACAUUCACCUUGUAGUCCAAUUUUACCGCCAUCAGUAUCGGCUAAUGCAGCGGCUGUUGCAGCGGUCGCUGCUCACAAUGUUGCUUCAACGAGUACUGCCAUUCCAACAAUUCCCAUCGGGAGCUCACUGCAUAGGUCUAUUACCAAAGAGGAAGAUAUUAGUACGGCGGGACGUAGUGAAAAUGAUGGAACAAUUGUUGGUGGCCAUCAUAAUGACUCUUCGUGUUCAUCGGGACCGGAUUCACCUCAUCAUCAUGGAGUACCCGCGAAAGAUCAUCAUUUGGAUGGAAGUGGGAGUGGGACACGAGCCCAAUAUAUAUCUGCAUCCUGCGUUGUUUUUACACAUUAUAGUGGCGAUACAGCAUCCGUCGUAGAUGAACAUUUUUCUAGAGCACUUAAUUUUAGUAAUAAGGAUAGUAAAGAAGGAUGUAGUCCUAUGUCAGCUAGAAACUUCCCACCUUCGUUUUGGAAUAGCAACUAUGUACCUCCUACUCCGGCCCCAACGCACACACAGUAUUUUAAACAGGUUCCAGACAUAUAUUCCACAGACGGUAGCUAUUCGACGGAUCCUUGGGUGCCGCAUGCCGCACACUACGGAUCAUACGCGCAUGCGGCGCACGCUCAUGCCGCACAUGCACACGCAUAUCACCACAAUAUGGCGCAAUAUGGCAGCUUACUGAGGUUACCGCAACAAUAUGGACAUGGAUCGAGAUUACAUCACGAUCAACAAACUGCCCAUGCAUUGGAGAGUGCGGCGGCAUAUUCCAGCUAUCCCACAAUGGCCGGUUUGGAAGCACAAGUGCAAGAAUCAUCGAAGGAUCUCUAUUGGUUCUAAAAUGUACAUAUAGACAUGAAAAUUCGUUAUUAUUAAUAUAUAAUAAUUAGAAUAACUUCUAGAAUAGAUAGAAAUAUAAAAGUUACAACUAUUUCGGAAUAUUCGGCCCAUGUACAAGAAAGCCAUCAAACCCAACAUCAAAUACUAGUUCUGUGUUCUCUUGCAGUGCAAAUUUAAUAUAAAUCAGUAUUUAAAUUUAACAGGAGCCUAGGCAUGAAAUGUCAUUGUAUGUAUAGUCAUCAGAAUUUUCAAAUUUGGAUGGUUAACAAUCAGUACAAACAAGUAAACGUGCUUGUAAUCAACCCUCAACACAGAAUAAAACUAAAUUAAACAUAAUUGAAAGUAUUCCGGUCAACAUAAAUGAAAAAAAAAAGUGCUAUACGAUGUAGGAUGCACAAAGCAACAUGUAGAAAGAACUCAAGAAAAAUAUGGAUGAAUGUUAGUUAUUGUAAAUGAUGUAGUUUUAGUAGAUAUUUAUGCGGGAGGAGAGUCCCAGUAAUACUUUCCCACACGCUAUAAUUCACGCAAAAUGUAGUAAUUCUAAUUGAUAAUUCUACUUUAUGUUGUCUUUCGUUUAUGUGCAAGAAAAGUAUACAAUGCAAUAAAAAGUCGCGAUAGAAUUGUUACGUAAUAAAGGGUUUGCUUAUUAGUUGGCAAACCACCUGUAAAAUAAUAUUAUUAAGUAUGUAUUAAAAAAAUUAAAUGAAAUAAAAUAAAAUAAUAAACUAUUGGGCCAAUAAAGGCGCCUGAAAAAAAUCGUGAAAAUGUA